AUGGCGGUCCGCGCGCAGUUUGAGAAUUCCAACGAGGUCGGCGUCUUCUCGACGCUCACCAACUCGUACGCGCUCGUCGCAGUGGGCGCGUCGGAAAACUUCUACAGCGUCUUCGAAGCCGAGCUGCAAGACGUAAUCCCCAUCUGCCACGCGACAAUCGCGGGCACGCGCAUAGUCGGGCGCCUCACGGCGGGCAACCGCAAGGGCCUGCUCGUCCCCACGUCGACGACGGACCAGGAGCUGCAGCACCUGCGCAACAGCAUCCCGGACGAGGUCAAGAUCCAGCGCAUCGAGGAGCGCCUGUCGGCCCUCGGCAACGUCAUCUGCUGCAACGACCACGUCGCCAUCGUCCACCCGGACAUUGAGCGCGAGACCGAGGAGAUCAUCGCCGACGUCCUCGGCGUCGAGGUCUUCCGCCAGACCGUCGCUGACAACGUCCUCGUCGGCUCGUACAUGAGCCUCAGCAAUCAGGGCGGCAUCGUCCACCCCAAGACCAGCAUUCAGGACCAGGACGAGCUGUCCAGCUUGCUGCAGGUCCCGCUGGUGGCCGGCUCCAUCAACAGAGGCUCGCCCGUCGUCGGUGCCGGCAUGGUCGUCAACGACUGGAUGGCCGUGACUGGUCUCGACACCACAGCGACGGAGCUCUCGGUCAUCGAGUCGGUCUUCAGGCUGGGCGAGGGCAUGGGUCCCUCCGCCAUCAACACGACGAACAAGGAGACGAUGGUCGAGUCGUUCUACUAA